AUGAUAUUAAUAAAAUUGAUUUUUGCAGAGCAUCAAGAUCAUAUAAUAUAUUGGGAUGAUAGUAAUUCAAUAUUUGAAGAAAAUCCUGAUGAAUUGUAUGUCAAUGAGGGAGAUAAUUUGAUUUUUAUUUGUUCACCAAAUCGAACACAUGUACGAAAUCUUUACUGGACAAAUGAUCCUCGAGUAAAAAUGAAAUGCAAUAAAACAAUAUCAAUAAAAGUUAUUAAACUUUUAGAUUGUUUUAGUAAUAAAUCAUUAAGUGAAUUUGUACUUAAAGUUAGUCGAUUCCCAGAGAUCACAUCACUUCCUAGUUUUGAUUACAAUAUACCUGUACACUUUAUAGCUCAUUCAUUUACCUGUCAGAAAAAUAACAUCCGAUUAAGUUUCAAGUUAGCAAAGAAUUCUGUGAAUAAUAAAAAUAAUUCUCCUGUUUCUGAUGUUUUAAAAUCGUUUAUAUCAGAAACGCAAUUAAUCGAUCAAAACAAAUCUGUGCCUAUUGUAAACAGAACGUUACAGUACCAUUCAAAAACCAAACUAGUUUUAGAAUCUUCAGUCACAUACAGAAAUCAUACUUUUAUUAUCAAAGGAAAAACAAUAGACUGGGAAGAAUAUAAAUUUUUACUUGUCCCAGCUAUAUUUGCAUUUCUUACACUGAUUGGUAUACAAAUUAUUUUAUGCAGCUUUUGGUUACCAAAUUCAAUUGUAAAUAAAUUUAUAGCUUACUUUAUGAAGUGUAAAUGUAAAAGAACAUCAAAAGAUCAAUCGAAUCAAACAUGUUACAAGCAUGAAAUAAAAAGUUUGUACGUAAAUAAUACUUCUUCAAUGUCUAGAAUACGUUCAUCAAAAGAAUGUAUCAGUAUAACAAGCCCAUAUCAGUGUAAAUGUUUAACUGAACCGAUUGAAUUACAUACAAAUUCUUGCACCAAGUGUACACUGGAACAAAUCCAUCAAACAUAG